AUGUGCGUCCAUCCCCCCUGCACUGGUUCCCCUUGUCCUUUCUGUGGCUCUCCUGGAUUCCUCUCGUUCAGCUCCUUGGUGUACAGAGCCUAUGUCAAUGGCAAUGGUGAGGGAAAUUGCCAGAGCCCUGCCCUCCAGGCCUGUCCUUAUUCAUGGGGAUCUGAGAAGAAGAGAUUAGGACCCAGACAUGCACAGAGGAGACCCUGUAAGGACACAAAGAGAAGACAGCCAUCUGCAAGCCAAGAAGAAAGGCCUUGUGAGAAACCAGCUCUGCCCACACCUUGGUCUGGACUUCCAGCUGAUUCUUGGAUGAGCUGGUCCUUAGGCGCGGAGGCAGGACUGUGAAAAAAUAAAUUUCUGUUUUUAAUUCA